GAGAAUGGUUUGCUCCGGUGCUGCAGGUCUUGUUCAGGCAGCCUCGUCGUUAUCUUCCGGAAGAUCUCGGGAUACACAAGAGCACCUGACCGUCGUUGUUAAAGGCGGUUUGUAAAAUGAAGCCAACCUUUCGCCUUUUGUCGCCAACGUUUUCUGGGAAGAAGAGGAAUGGUUCCGGUGUGCCUUCUUCCGCCUUGUGUCCGUGUUAAAAGGGCGGUGGACUGUUCGCCGUCACAAUGAAGCCAUUAGCGGAACAGAUCGUCAUAGUCCGUUGAAUGAAUGCCUCGGAGGAUCCUUGCUGGUGAAGGAACGGAUGAAAUCGCUUUUAAAUGUAAUUCAUUCAACAGGAUUGGUGAUAUUUUUAACAAUACGUCACUAUGUCCGUUGCUAAGGGACACAACACCUGCUGGAGAGGAUGCAUCUAGCCUAAUGUUCACGUUCCUGUCCUGGCCAAGGUUAAAUGAAAAUAUGUGCUGAACUCUACCCCAAAAGCGCAAACAUAAUGUACAUUUGUGUGUACAGCAAUUCAUAAGUGGCAGGCCUUUUUCUGGCACCUUCAAUGCUGGACCUCAAAAUGAAAGAGACAUGUCGCAUAUGCGGGCGAGAUCUCUACGGCAACCAGCGGAGAUGGAUAUUCCACCCCACUGCCAAGCUCAACCUGCAGGUGCUGCUGUCUCACGCCCUCGGCCGGGAGCUGACCCGGGACGGGCGAGGGGAGUUCGCUUGCUCCAAGUGCACUUUCAUGCUGGACCGCAUGUACCGCUUCGACACAGUCAUCGCCCGCGUGGAGGCCCUCUCCAUUGAACGCCUGCAGCGUCUCCUGCAAGAGAAACACCGACUUAGACAGUGCAUCGGCGGCCUGUACAAGAAAACCAAUGAUGAGAACGCACUUGCGUCUACAGAGGAUGGAGUAGCAACAAGGGAUGGGAUGGUGGACAUUUCUGGGCUUACUCAUGCCAAAUAUUGUGCCCUGCUUCAGGAAGACCUUGUGUACUCUUUGUACGAGUCAUGGGCUGAUGACAGCAUGGAAAGCCACCAUCACCACCAGUCCUCUGCUGGGCCAGGGUCAGAGGUCACAGGAUCUCAUCGUUGCACUCCGAGGAGGUGUCGCGGGUGUUCCCAUUUGCGCGUGACAGACUCUGACUACGAAGCUGUUUGUAAGGUACCGAGGAAGCUCGCACGGAGCACAUCCUGUGGUCCUUCAACUAGAUAUUCAGCCAGCGUCAUUGGAGGUAGUGGUGGGGGUCCAGAAGUAGAAGAGAAAGGCAACGUAGAUGAGCAAGAUGAACCGCCUUCCUCUCUGACGCUGGUUCCUGGAUCUCAGGAAGUGUCUAGGACAUCAGAUAGCGACCGCACUCUCGCUGGACGAGUCAGCUCCAGCCCAUCCAUAGCAUCCCUGGAGACAACUGAGGACUACACUCAUCCUGGAGGAACAACAGAUGGACUAGUACAAGACCAGAUAUCUGACUCCCUUUCUGAGCAAGCUCCACAAGGUAAAUCCUGCCCUGUGCCAAAUCUCUCCUUGGCUCUGUGCUUGCUCCAGAGCUAUGCCGUCCACCGGCCAGUCCCAAGCUCCAAGGGCAGUAAACUCCCAGUACUCCUUAGACACAGUGCCAAUUAUGGAAGGAUGGACUUCCCAGAUCCAAUUCUGGGACUGAACUUUGGAACUCCUGUUGCUGAAAGAUUCAACCAUGUGCCAACACCUGAGCUGGAGGCCCCCCUGAUCCAACUGGACAUCAUGGCUGACAAGGAUCUUAACCUGGCUGAUAUACAUGAUUAUAUGGAGGAUGUUUACAAAGGGUAUCCUACUCCAAAGCCGCAUCAGAACCUUGUUGAGGAGCAGCAGAGCCAGCUGAACCAGUAUGAGUGUGCAGCCGGGCAGUGCGUCAACGAGCUGCAGAAGGCCCAGCUGCAGGUCCAGUCCCUACAGGCCAAGAUCCACGAGAGCGAGGCCAAUAAUCUGAAGCUGCAGGAGAAGCUGAGCGAAAUGGAGUGUGAGCUGCGUUCCCUCCGCCAGGCCGCUCAGAGUCAGGAAAGAACCAUCCUAGACCUUACAGAGUCCAUCAGUACCAAAGACACAGAGGCCCAGGAGCUCUAUCAGCUGAUCGAGGGACAAAACUCUACACUAUAUAAGCUGCGAGAGAUAGCCCACCGCAGCCAGCUUGCACAAAGCAAGGCUCCAGAGGGGGUCAGCGAGUCAGUGACGCUAGCCCAGCUCCAGGGAGAGCUUGUUGGAGUGCAAAGCUCCCUUUUCUCUCUGGGGCUAGAGUUGGAGGCCAGCCAGAGGAGCUUCCGACAGAGCCAGCGGCAAGGUGACGAUCUGGUUCGCUCCAAAGACAGACUCACCGCUGACCUCCAAGAGGCACUGCAGCACAGGGCAGAGACUGAAAAACACAAUCAGGACCUGCGCAGCACCCUUCAGAAAAUUCGUUCCGAGUUGCAGGCUAAAGAAGCGGUCCUGAGGGAAGCCGAAGCAGAGAGACUCAGUGUAAUGCAGGAAAACGAGAAAAUCGUCUCACAGCUGAAAAACUCUUUGCAGGACAAGGAGCGACAGUUACAGGAGUACUCUGAGAUGUUGGAGACCCCUGGAAGCUCCAAACCGAGAGAUGCCCUUUUGGAGAAGCUGAGAGAACGCAUUAAAGAACGAGACAGAGCUUUGGAGCGCUCCAUCGAUGACAAGUUCCACUGUCUGGAUGAACGUGAAGGCCAAGUGCGGACACUACAGCUCGCUCUCAAGGAGAAGGAACGGGACCUGGACAGGCUCCGGUGCAUCCUGUCCAACAACGAGGAGACGAUCACAAGCCUGGAUGGUUUGGUGCGAGGGAAAGAGCUGGAGCUGGAGCAAGCCGCCGAGGCCUACAGGAACCUCCAGUGGCUGAAACAGCAGAGCGAGGAGAAAGAGAGAAGCACUCUGAGGGAGAAGGACACCAUCAUCAGCCAGCUACAUGUGGCUCUGCAGGCUCGCAGCAAGGAGACUCAGGAUUUGACGGCAGCUCUGGUUGCGAGAGUUCAGGCCGGCCCCACCGAGGUGGUGGAGGAGCUGAAGGCUCGGCUUCAGCUGAAGGAGAAGCUCUUCCAGGAGCUGCUGUCAGACCGUAGCCGCCAGUCGAAUGAACACCAAACACAAGUGGCGGACCUGCUCAACAACCUCAGCUCCAAAGAUCAGUACUUGCAGGACAACUCAUACAGGCUGUCUUUAGUGAUCGGUGAGCGCACAAACCAGCUCCAGGAGUUGCGCAAGCAGCUGUCACUAAGGGAACAGGAACUGUGUGAGCUGAGACGGGACAAAGACGUGGAGACGGGAGGAGAGAUGCAGCGUCUGCAAGGUCUCCUCCGAGAGAAAGAAGCCUUCAUCAAGGAGAUGAUGCAGGACCAAGAAGACGUGAUGCUGCAGUCGUCUAAAGAGAGCGAGACAGAGAUGAAGGUUCUCCAGGAUGAGCUUAAAUUAAUACUAAAAAAGGAAGGGGAAGCUCAGAAAGAGCUCUCUGCACUACGUAUGUCAUUGGCCGCUCAGCAGGCUAACGCAGUCUCCCCUACAGAAAGCACUGAUCACCAACGUGUGCUGGAGCAACUUGUGUCUGAGUACCACAAGCUGAAUGGUGCACUGAGGGCUGAGAAGAGAUUAUACCAGAGCCUCAUUCACACAGGCGGUGACAGCAGCAAUUCAGAGAAGACCCUGGCCCUGCACACUCAACUCGACUCUGUUCAAGCACUGCGUGGACAGCUAGAAGAGGUCCUGGCCAGCACUCAGAACAUGGCCCUUGAGCUGGAAAGGGCUGUCAAAAGGCAGCCUGACUUAGGAGAUCUCAGCACUGAAGAGGAGGAGGUAGAGGAGGGGGAUGAUGAAGACGGCAGCAGCGAUGAGUUCACAGACAGCAUAGAGGAUGAUGAUAAAGUGACAUCCGCCAGUUUUGCUUCAAAUCAGGCAUCUGAAAGACUCUGUAGACAUGAAGGAGGGUUGAGGAUGCAGAUGGACGUUCAACAGAUGCUUGAACUGGAGCUACAAGAAAUAAAGUCCCAACUCAAAAGGGAGGGAUAUACCUCAGUGGAGCAAAUGAGGGGCGCACUGGAGAGCCUUCAGAAGGAGAACCAGUUCCUGAAAGAACACCAGCGAGCGAGUACAGACAAUCACAGCCUUGACCAUCAGCAGGAAGAUGAGGACACUGAAGACGACGAGGAGGAGGACAUGGAAGAUGAUUACAAGGGGUUUGAGCCUUCAGGGGGUGUCAGCGAGGCAGAGCAGGAUCUUCAAGAGCAGUCGUUCCGACUUUGCUCUGAGAAUCGAGAGCUGCAGGAAAGGCUGAUGGUGUCUGAGGCCACCGUCCAAGCUCAGGCUGAGCAGCUGAAGGACUACAGGGACCUGCUCACGGAGACGUCCGUGCAGCAGGCCAGUAAGCACGUGCAGGUGGAUCUGCAGGAUCUGGGCUAUGAGACUUGUGGUCGAAGUGAAAAUGAAGCCGAGAGAGAGGAUGCCAGUAGCCCUGAGUUUGACGACCUAGAGAUGUGCACAUCGCUGUCUCAUCAGCAGGAUUACGAGAAUCUGGGCGGGGGCUGGUACAGGGAUAACAGAGGCCCAAGUAACGGGGGUGUCUGUGAUGGAAUAGGGCCAGAGGGACCUCUGCAGCACCUGGUCCAAGAUCUGCGCUCCCAGCUAACCCGCUGCCAUAAAGUGAUACGCGGGCUUCAGAUGCGUGUGCGCUCCAUGUCGGCCACAAGCGACUAUGCCUCCAGUCUGGAGCGGACCCCCCGCAAGGUAAACUGGGCUUUUGAGAUGUCCCCCGCUCAAGGUUGUGUGGAAGAGGAUGAAGGCUGGAUGUCUGACACCCAGGCAACUUCAUCCGGGUCCAAACCUAGUCGGGAGUUGAAGGAGCUGAUCGCACGUGUAGCAUCGUUGGAGGCACAACUGAAGAGCUCCAAAGUGCAGGAGAAGGGUCAAGCAGAUGAAGGGAAAUGUGCCACUUGGCCUGGGAAGUACAACUCUCUCAUCCAGGCACAAGCUCGAGAGCUCUCCCAUCUGAGGCAGAGGAUGAGAGAAGGCCAAGGAGUCUCCCACAUCCUCACCCAACAUCUGGGUGACACCACCAAGGCAUUUGAGGAGCUGCUGCGGGCCAAUGACGUGGACUACUACAUGGGUCAGAGUUUUAGAGAUCAGUUGGCACAAAGCACUGCGCUGGCUCAACGACUGCUCGCUAAGUUCAGCGGACGGGCAGAGAGCCACGAUGACAAGACGGAACUGCUCGCCAUGCAGCUUAGCAAGGAGCUUCAGCAGAAAGAUAAAAUCAUAGAGUCGCUCCACAACAAGCUGCAGCAUCGUCCCGAAACGCCAUCCAGCUGCCAAGCCCUCUCUGAGACCACCGACCAAUCAGACAGGACCUCUCUGGUGUCUGAUGAGUGUCAGACCAACGAAGAUGUGGAUCUAUGCUCCGACUUGGACGCCAGAGAGUAUAAGGAGGAGCAACAGCAACUACACGCAUCAGAACAAGAUGCCCCUCCGCCUGUCCCCCCUUCUUUUCCUCGUCGUGGCCCCCUCACGUCAUCCCAAAGCUGUCCCAGCAAGCUUUGCUCAGCAUCCUUCAGAGCCCCUCUCAACAGUGCACCUGUCUCCUCGCCCUUUCUUCCCCCUUGUGACCCUCACUUCUGGGGUACGGAGGUCCCACGUGACCCACAGUCCAAGAUGGCUGUUCACCCCGAGUUGGACACACUGUACAAAAAGAUGAAUGAGCAGAUGAGGGGCUUCCCAGGUCUUCAUGACAAGCCUCAUUUCCCUCCCUCGCCUGGUGCCCACAACCAGUGCGACCUCUCCAACUACGGAAAGCUAUCCCAUCAUGCCUUUCAACAGUACCAUCUGGGGGGCGUUCCCCAAGGUCACCUCCUCAAGUCGGACCCAGGUCUUGUGACGGGAGGAGGGACUUUUUGGGAUAUAGACAACAUAACUCAGCCUAUUGGGAGCUACUCUGGAGUGGCGGGGCUUCACCUGGGAAAUAACCAGACUGGGGAGAAUUUGAUAGAAGAGCACCUGAGGGAGGUCAGGUGUCUCCGUCAGCGUUUGGAAGAGUCCAUUAGGACCAACGAGAGGCUCCGGCAGCAGCUGGAAGAGAAACUGGCCAACACCGGGCGUGAUGGAGGUGCACCAACAAACAUCUACAUUCAAGGUCUGGACACAGUGACACAAUUGUCUCAUGAAAUCAGAGUCCUGAAAGAAGAAAACUUGAGUUUACAAUCACGUUUGCAAGCCAGUACAGACUCGUGCGAAGAGGUGAUUGCAGCACGCGUCCGCCUCAAGCAAGCAGAGCUGGAGGCUGAGCAGUGGAAGGAGGAGUUGAGACGACUUCAGUCACACAGCGAAGAGCAGGGACAGCAGAUCCACUCCAUGAAGCAGGAGAGGCAGGCCAGCCAGGACAGUAUCAACAGAGUGCAGCAUGAGGUGACUCUCCUGCAGCAGCAGCUGUGUGAAAGCAGGGAGCUCAUACACUCCUUGCAGAGCGAACUGCACGUUUACGAUCGUGUGUGCUCUGGCAUAAAAUCCUCCAAAGGGCUCCUGUGUGAGAUCCCAGGCCUCCCUGUGGAGCUGGGGGAGCUUCUGGGAGAGGUGAGGAGUCUGCGGGCCCAGCUGCAGACCAGCGUCCAGGAGAGCAGCGCCCUCAAGCAGCUGGAGCUCCACAAGCAGUUGGAGCAAAAGCUGGGCGGCGGCUCCCCACGCACGCCAUCCCUCUCGGCCUUCAGCGCCAGCCCUCAGAGAGACAACUUCUAUAGGCGACAGUUGCUGCUGCACGACCCAGCCCCGUCUCCACCUGUCAGGGACAUUGGUCUCUUUAACUGUGGAUCACCCGGUCCCCCCUACUCAGACCUGGAUGACAGCCAUAGCACUGCCAACGACCCUCUCGACUCCCACUCUGAGCUGGAAGGGGAAGCUCCCGAUGGGUCGUUUGCCAACCGCUAUGGUCGCCACGCCAUCGGUCAUGUGGAUGACUUCACCGCUCUGCAGCAGCAAGUCCUGGAAGGCCGCAGCGUCGUGCAGCGCAUGGAGGCGACUCUGCAAGCGUGGAUGAACCCACCCUCACCACUAGGGGGCAGCCACAAACAAAACAAUGAUCUAUUCUUGGAUUACGGCAGUGCCAAGAGUGUCCUGUCUAACACCAAGACUCUGAGGCAGAUUUUGGAAGAGUCCGCGUCUCUGCUGAAGAUGUUCUGGAGGGCGGCGCUGCCCAGCACUGACGCCUCCAUCCCAAACCUGAAGAAGGAGCAAUCGAUGCAAGAGGAGAUCUUGUCGCUGAAGCUGCGCAUGUCUGAGCAGGAGGAGGUUCUCAAGGGAACGAUACAAAGGCUGAGGAGCACCAGCCGCACCAAGGAGAGCAUGGAGCAUUUUAUAGUGAACCAAUUGUCAAGGACUCGUGAUGUGUUGAAGAAAGCAAGGACAAACUUGGAGAAGAACGAGCUGAGACUCUCCUCUCUAAGCUCCUCCCGCCCCCUCUCUCCCUCUGCUGCUGAGGAGCCAGGAGGUGGUGCCAGAGAGCGGCCUGCUGAUGGCUUUUGGCUAAAGUCAAACCAGCAUCCUGCGGCGAGGAAGCGCAGCAGCCAAUGCUUGCUUUAGAACCAGCCUCAACGCCACCACUUGUGACCUCCUUGUGUUUCAAUAGCCAAGACCUUCCUGAUCUGAAGCCUGGCCUUAGACAAAAAAAAAAACAAAAAACACCCCACCCCAUAAACUACAAUUUUUACGAGUGUAUCAGUCAGGCAGUGUGUGACACAGAAGGUGUGUGAAAUGUGUAUCUGGUGGUUUCAGUGCCAAGCCGAUGGAGCUGCUAGAAGAUGCUCCAAAAUGGCGCAUGUUCUUGCAAAGAUGGCUGGAUAAAGAUAAAGUGUUCCGUGCAUGUUAAAUUGAGGUUUGCGAGAGGAACUCUGCACACAUCAUACAUGUAUGUACGGUGUAUGUGCGGUGUGUGUGUAUGAUGAAGGGCAGUUCACUCAACUAACAACUGACAAUGUAAAACAUAAUAGACGAAUGUAAGCCUCUUACUUUCAUAUUUGUGGUGGAAGCUCAUCAGCAAUCAACCAUGCAUAAAAAAAACCAGCAAAAGCCUCCAUUUUUACUCACCAGCCUCUUUUGUUGGUGCUUCGCUGGCAUCAGUCUUACACUAAAGCAACAAGUGCUGCACGAGUGCCGAACUAUGUAGUACAAAAAACAGAAGGGAAUGGUCAUACGAGCAUGUGCAAUAAUGCUGACUAUUCAAUUUCUCACACUGGAGUGUUGCAUGAGUGAUUAUAAUUAAAAAAAAAUCUAAGUUAUAGAACAGGAGAUUGCCAUGCCUUGCCAAAGUUUGAACUAUACACCAGUGAUUCUCAAACAGUGGCACAGGUACCACUAGUGGUACUCAGGAACACUUUUUUUUUUUAAGUUUGAGUGAUUUAUUAACGGAUUAAAGUCAAAUUGAAUGUUUAACUGCGGGUACAAGCCACAUAUUUGAAGCUAAACUAUUAUUGGUGAAGUGGUACUUGGUGUACAAAGUUCGAGAACCACUGUUGUACACUUUAACCUGCCUUAACCAUGCGAAUGUGCCAUCAGCAUACACAGGGCUGCUUUGGUUUCUUUCCAAUUGUGCGAUAAUUUCCAGUUUUGGACCAAAACAGACAAAAAAAAUGUCACUUUGUUAUGCCAUUUUGUCUUUGUAUUAUUAUUAUUUUUUUUUAACAUUCUCAUGGCUCGGUCAUGUUAUAGAACGAUGAUGCAAACUUUGGCAGGCUAGGUGGGAUCAUUGUUCUGUACAUUUUGGGUUUUCUUUUAAUGCUUGUACAUUGUGCCAUUCAUGCUGUACAUAACUUGCUUUUUUAUUCCGUUUUGUGUGUGGGUGCGUGCAUACAUACUUACUUUUGCUUUUUUUGCAAAGUUGGAACAUUUUGGGGUAGCUGUGCAAUAACUUAGAUUGAUGUUAAACAUCACGUGUGUUGCUACCGUGUGUUACUUAUAUGCAGCGUAUGCUUGCAGGAAGCCACUUUGUUUCCUUACAUGCCUUUUAUGAUGCUCUACUUGCCCAAUAACAAUAGCUACAAAUAAUUUAGCUUUGCUUGCCUUUAAAGGAAAACUGUACUUUGGAAUAUUGCCCACCAUUCAGUCGUUAUAAAUAUGGGCACAUAUUUAUUUCCCUGUUCUGUGCUUUCUACCGAGAGAAAACAAGUUAGUGUGAGCUAGCUAACAAUGCACGUCAUGAUGCUAUAGCCCUAACAAUACUGACUUGUACAUUAACCAAGCUACAGCAAUAUUAUUGUUAUUAUAGCGGCUAACACAAAAGCUACUCGUCUCAGUGUCACUCACAGUUAUCUGAGAGAAGUCUUGUGCUGGAAGACACAGCCAUCCCACUGAGAGCGGACAUUAUAAGUGUUACGGCAAAAUAUUACAGUAUUACAUAUUGUCAUCAAUGUACUGUUAAUGGCAGCAUGUCUAUCAAAGCAUUAAUUUUUUUAACAGGGUUCAUAGUCAAAAUAGGUACCUCCCAAUGGUGUGCUUCGUUAGCUAGCUCAUACUAACUUGUUUUCUUUCAUUAGAAUGCACAGUAAAGGGUAGAAAUAUAAAAGUAAAAGAAAUAAAAAGUGUAGUCUUUCUUUAAAGUUAGCUUUAGAGCUUCUUCAGUGAGUGAGCGUCCACCUGAAAGCUACCAAAAUUGUGAGUGAAGUGAUGAAUAAAAUGACAAAGCCUUAUUAUUCGUGUUUAAGAGGGGUAUCAAAGAGAUGUAUAUAGUGCUAGUGAACUGGUGCAGCUUUUUACAUGUGCUGGAAAGACAAAGCUUUGUUUUGCUUAAUGAACUAGAAAGCCGAUGCAGGACUCAUCAUAUGGAUCCUGUCUCUGAUGACAGUUAACAGUGUGUUGUUGUGUUGCCAAAAGUAUUAGCCAUAUAUUUUUUGGGGAAAGAACCAAUAAAAUGUUUCAAAAA